AUGAGAGCCAAAAAGAAAAAUUUGACGGAUGUUAUGCUGAAAGAAGCUGGUCUAUUUAUUUAUGGUGAUCGGCCUGGGGAUUUGGAUGUUGGCAGUCUUGAUAGCUUGUUUCUUGCAUAUAAGCAACAUAGAGAGCAUAAGGUACUCAUCAGGGAAAAGCUUUGUAACAGGGUUGUCAAAUUGAAUAUGGAUGGUUGUUCAAAGGGGACUGAUGAAUGCUCAGGAGGGGGAAUAUUGAGAGAUCAUGAAAGAAAAGAAAUAUUUGAAUUUAAUGAAUACUAUAGUUGUGGUUGUAUUGUAGUUGCUGAACUGAAGGCAUUACUGGGAGGAUUAAAAAUCUGUUUUGAACGUGGUUAUCAGAAAAUCUGGGUAGAAUUAGAUUUGAAAGUUGUGAUUGAUCUCGUUUCUGAUCCGGGUAUAGGUACAUGGGAGUUUCAAGAAGUACGUAGGAUAAGUUCCAGAAUGGAUGUUUGUUACUCUCACAUCUACCAAGAAGGUAAUCACGCAGCAGGUUGCAUGGCUUACGAGGGUUAUUACUUUAAAAGUAAAAUGAGCUUUGAGCAUAAUGAACUUCCUAACAUUGUCAAGAGCGUUGUAAGGAAAGAAAGGUACGGAGUAUUGACAUUUGGAUAA